UCGUCCGCACCGGUUGUGAUGGCGCUGCUCGGCUUGUGACUGGUCGUGUGGCCGCGCACCGAGUGCUCACUGCGGGUGGUGACCUGUAUGUUUCGUUACACAACUGAGCUAGCGGCAGCCACGCCGUGCAUCAUGGACCCCUUCCGGUGCCAUAUUUAGAGCUUGCCAGCUCGCCCCUAAUGCACUGGAACCUUCAACUGUGCAGGGCUGUUCGGUGUGCAGGGCAGCUGAGCAGGCACCUCCGAGCGAUGGCGGCGCAGAGGAAUGGCAGCAGCUCCAGCAACGCCGAAAGGACGGCCGAAGGGACUGUGACAGCUGGAAUUAUCAUCAUUGGGGAUGAGAUCCUAAAGGGCUAUACCCAAGACACAAACUCCUUCUACAUGUGUAAGAAGCUUCGGUCGCUGGGCGUGCAAGUGGCCAAGAUCUCCGUGGUGCCUGACGAGGUGGACACUAUCGCCGGCGAGAUCUCCUCCUUCGCCCGCAGUUACACCUACGUCCUGACUUCGGGAGGGAUCGGUCCCACCCACGAUGAUGUGACCUUCGAGGCCGUGGCCCAGGCCUUUGGGGAGAAGGUCUUCCCCCACCCAGAGAUGGUCGAGCUGGUGAAGAAGUUCUUCAACAAGUCGGACGCCGAGUGCCCCGAGAUGAAACUGGCCCGUGUCCCCGAGUCCGCGCUCCUCAACUACGGCGUGGACAAGGAGACGGGCCGCGUCUUCAGCUACCCUCUCGUCAGUGUCCGUAACGUCUACGUCUUCCCGGGCAUCCCGUCGCUGAUGCGGAGGGCCCUCGAGGGCCUGGGCCACCUCUUCCGGAACGAGAAGACCCGCUUCUGCUCGCAGGAGAUCUACGUGGACGCGGAAGAGCUGCUCAUCGCCCCCGUGCUGGACCAGGCCAACGCCAGCUUCAGGCGCCGCACAAGCCUGGGCUCCUACCCUGACUGGGUCAGCAACUAUUUCCGCGUGAAGCUGACGCUGGACUCAGACUCGGAGGCGGAUCUGCGAGAGGCCUCCUCCUUCCUGAUGAGGAACUUGCCCGAAGGGAUCGUGGUGCCCCUGGUAGCCGAUCCUGUCGCUCGGGCGGCCACGGAUGUGUACGCUCUGGCCGAGACUGAGUCCCCCCUAGGCCAGAAGGUGGCGGCAGCCAUCUGCACCAUCAAAGCCGCCUUGGACCAGUAUGCCCUGCCCAAGAUCUGCAUCGGGUUCAACGGAGGGAAGGACUGUACCGCGUUGCUGCACCUCUUCCACGCUGCUGUACAAAGGCGAUAUCCAGAGGGGACAGAGAAGUUACAGGCUCUCUAUAUCCACAGCAUGUCCCCGUUUCCCGAGAUGGAGGAGUUCAUCAAAGACACUGCGCAACGGUAUAAUCUCCGAGUCUUCAACGUCUACGGGAACAUAAAAGAAGCUCUGAGAGACCUGAAAAGGCAGGAACCGGAGCUCGAGGCUGUGCUGAUGGGCACCCGCCGCACCGAUCCGUACUCCUGCACCCUGACCCCUUUCUGCAUGACGGACCCCGACUGGCCCCAGUUCAUGCGGGUCAAUCCACUCUUGGACUGGACGUACCGGGACGUGUGGACGUUCCUUCGCUCCCUCUACAUCCCAUACUGCAUCCUUUAUGACAAAGGCUACACAUCGCUCGGCAGCAUGAACAACACGCAGAAGAAUCCAGCCCUGCGGUAUACGGACGACCGAGGGCGGGAGUGUUACUGGCCGGCCUACAAGCUUGAGAACGAAGAGGACGAGCGCAACUCCCGCCACUGAAGCCUGGCUGGGCCAAGGAGGCCUGAGGCUGCGGCUCCCCCUGGCCAGCCCUGCAUGGAGGGCGAGGCCCCAGGGCCAAGUCAGUCAGGGCCGGGCCGGGCCAGCAGCCGCAAGCAAAGGUAGCCGUGUCGGACCUCCACGGCCACCCUGCACGGCACUGUGCUGAUCUCAGUCAUUCUGGCUCCACUGUAACUCCUGCGUGGUUCUCCCUUCUCUCUCUCUCCCUCUCUCUCUCUCUCUCUCACACACACACACACGGUAUGACACUGCCCCGUGACAGCUGGCAGCCAGCUGUACGUGUCCUUGUCUACAUCCUGUGAAAAAACGGAAAUAAACCCGGUUCAUUCCA